AUGCACCUCAACAUCUUCCCUGUUGAGUUCUGUGGGUAUAACCACUUGCCAUCUUUGCUCUCCGGUGGCUGGCUCACACCACCUCUCUUCGGUUCCCAACCCUCCCUAGGACAAAAGAUGGAGACACCUAAAAAAGUCGUCUUGGGAAUUUUAGAAGACUUGGGAGAUGAGGACUUUAGAAAAUUUAAGUGGCACCUGCAGGGAGUCCUAAAUGACUUCCCAGCAAUCCCAAAGAGUAAACUGGAGAAUGAAAACAGGGAGAACACAGUGGAUGUGGUGUUCCAGACCUACAAGAUUCUUGCUGCAUGCCAGCAAAAAGUCAAAUCCAACUUACUGAAGAUGUUCCAAUGUGUGUCUGAGGGAAUUGCAAAAGCAGGAAACAAAACCCUUCUGGAUAACAUGUUCACAGAGAUCUACCUCACAGAGGGAGGGGUCAAUGUUGAACAUGAGGUCAGACAGAUUGAAACAGCAUCCUGGAAACCAGACAGAGAAGAAACAACAAUCACAUGUAAAGACAUCUUUAAAACCCCACCUGGAAGAGAUAAACCAAUCAGAACAGUGAUGACUAAGGGAGUGGCUGGCAUCGGGAAAACAGUCUUAACACAGAAGUUCACUCUGGACUGGGCUGAAGGCAAAGCCAACCACAACAUCCAGUUCACAUUUCCAUUCACUUUCAGAAAGCUAAAUGUGCUGAAAGAGAAAAAGUACAGCUUGGUGGAACUUGUUCAUCACUUCUUUAGUGAAACCAAAGAAGCAGGAAUCUGCAGGUUUGAAGAGUUCCAGGUUGUCUUCAUCUUUGACGGUCUGGAUGAGUGUCGACUUCCUCUGGACUUCCACAACACUGACAUCCUGACUGAUGUUACAGAGUCCACCUCAGUAGGUGUGCUGCUGACAAACCUCAUCAGGGGGAAUCUGCUUCCCUCUGCUCGCCUCUGGAUAACAACACGACCUGCAGCAGCCAAUCUGAUCCCUCCUGAGUGCGUUGACAUGGUGUCAGAGGUCAGAGGGUUUACCGACCCACAGAAAGAGGAGUACUUCAGGAAGAAAUUCACAGAUGAGGAGCAGGCCAGCAGAAUCAUCUCCCACAUCAAGACAUCACGAAGCCUCCACAUAAUGUGCCACAUUCCAGUCUUCUGCUGGAUCACUGCUGCAGUUCUAAAGAAGAUGUUGAACACCAGAGAGGGAGGAGAGCUGCCCAAGACCCUGACUGAGAUGUACAUCCACUUCCUGGUGGUUCAGUCCAAACAAAAGAACGUCAAGUAUGAUGGAGGAGCUGAGACAGAUUCACCCUGGAGUCCAGAGAGCAGGAAGAUGAUUGAGUCUCUGGGAAAACUGGCUUUUGAGCAGCUAUAGAAAGGCAACCUGAUCUUCUAUGAAUCAGACCUGACAGAGUGUGGCAUCGAUAUCACAGCAGCCUCAGUGUACUCAGGAGUGUUCAUGCAGAUCUUUAAAGAGGAGAGUGGACUGUACCAAGACCCGGUGUUCAGCUUCGUCCAUCUGAGUGUUCAUGAGUUUCUGGCUGCUCUUCAUGUCCAUCUGACAUUCACCAACUCUGGAUUCAACCUGCUGUCAGGAAAACAAACAUCAUCAUGGCUGUCUAAAUUCUUCAGAGAAAAACCUAAACUAACACAGUUCUACCAGAGUGCUGUGGACAAGGCCUUAAAGAGUCCAAAUGGACACCUGGACUUGUUCCUCCGCUUCCUCCUAGGUCUUUCUCUUCAGUCCAAUCAAACUCUCCUACGAGGCCUGAUGACACAGACAGGAAGUAGCCCACAGACCAAUCAGGAAACAGUUGAGUACAUCAAGAAGAAGAUCAAUGGGGAUCUGUCUGCAGAAGGAAGCAUCAAUCUGUUCCACUGUCUAAAUGAACUGAAUGAUCGUUCUCUAGUGGAGCAGAUCCAACAGUCCCUGAGUUCAGGAAGUCUCUCCACAGCUGAACUGUCUCCUGCUCAUUGGUCAGCUUUGGGCUUCAUCUUACUGUCAUCAGAAGAAGAUCUGGACGUGUUUGACCUGACGAAAUACCGUGCUUCAGAGGAGGCUCUUCUGAGGCUGCUGCCAGUGGUCAAAGCCUCCAAAAAAGCUGUGUUGAGUGGCUGUAACCUGUCAGAGAGAAGCUGUGCAGCUCUGUCCUCAGUUCUAAGCUCAGAGUCCUCUAGUCUGAGAGAGCUGGACCUGAGUAACAACAACCUGAAGGAUUCAGGAGGGAAGCUUGUGUCGGCUGUACUUCAGAGUCCAGACUGUAAACUGGAGACUCUCAGUCUGUCAGGUUGUCUGAUCUCAGAGGAAGGCUGUUCUUCUCUGGUGUCAGCUCUGAGGGCCAACCACUCCCAUCUGAGAGAGAUGGACCUGAGCUACAAUCAUCCAGGAGACUCUGGAGUGAAGCUGCUGUUGGCUGGACUUAAGGAUCCACUCUGGAGACUGGAAACUCUCAGUGUGGAGCCUGCUGGAGUCAGAUGGUUGACACCAGGUCUGAGGAAGUAUUCCUGUGAACUCACACUCGACACAAACACAGUGAACAGAAAGCUCAAACUGUCUGACAACAACAGGAAGGUGACAUUAUUGAAGGAGGAUCAGCCAUAUCCUGAUCAUCCAGAGAGGUUUGACUGUCCUCAGCUGCUGUGUAGAGAUGGUCUGACUGGUCGCUGUUACUGGGAGGUUGAGAGGAGAGGAGAUGUUGAGAUAUCAGUGAGUUACAGAGGAAUCAGGAGGAGAGGAUACAGAGAUGACUGUGUGUUUGGAUGUAAUGAUCAGUCCUGGAGUCUGAACUGCUCUGAUGUUGGUUACUCUGUCUGGCACAAUAACAGAAGAACAGUCCUCCCUCUCUCCUCCUCCUCUAUCUCUGGUAGAGUAGCAGUGUAUGUGGACUGUCCUGCUGGCUCUCUGUCCUUCUACACAGUCUGCUCUGACGUAUUGAUCCACCUCCACACCUUCAACACCACAUUUACUCAGCCUCUUUAUCCUGGGUUUGGGUUUAGGUUCUGGUCAUAUGGUUCCUCAGUGUCUCUGUGUUCUGUGGAGGACGGAGAGUCUCCUCCUGUGAAGAGAACCAGAACCAGUUGA